UCUUCCGGUUGUGAAGUGUUAUCCGCGUUUCCCUCUUUGUUUGACAUGUUUCUUCAAGCUCUGAGAAGACGAAUGAUUUACAUAAACGACAAGAGAGUGAUUCUUCUUCUCCUUUCCUCUUCAUUCUGGAUUAUAUUUUGGCAAAUGUCUUUCGCUGACACUAAUGACCUCGGCGCCGGAGGAAGGAAUGCGUCUGCCCCCUCGUUGGGACUCGGCCUCGGGCCCCGCGGCAACGGAUCCUCCCCGCUCAUGCCCCGCGCGGUCGGCGGCGCCUGCACACCGCGGCACAGGGUCUUCUUCCUCAAGACUCACAAGUGUGGCUCCUCGACUUUGCAGCAUUUAUUCCUGAGAUACGGCAAGAAGCACAACCUCACCUUCGCCCUGCCAGGGUCCAGCAACUACCUGGGGAGUCCUCAGCCGUUCUCGCCGGGCAUGAUUCCGCCGAGUCUCAGGACACGGGACGGACGCUUCGACAUGUUCCUCGUACACACCCGUUUCCAUCAAAGAAAUGCAGAGAAGGUGAUGCGCGAGAGGACAGCGUGGGUGACGAUGCUUCGUGAACCCGCCUCGCAUUUUCAAUCUUUGUGGAACUUCUAUGGACUUCGAAAGCAUUUGAAAAUGAAUCUGAGCGAGUUGGUGGAGCUUCCGUACGCGAAGGCCAACGCCAAGAGACGACUGAAUAAGUUUGGGCUCAAUAUGCAGAUGUUCGACCUAGGCUUCGACCCUACCCAAGUGCCCUCCGAAGACGACCUUCGCGCUGAGUUCGACAAGCUGAACCGACGCUUUGACCUGGUGAUGAUUCUGGAGAGGUUCCACGAGUCGCUUGUUCUCCUGAAGCACCUGCUGUGCUGGACCACGAGCGACGUCGCCUACCUCAAGAUCAACGCGCUGGGCAGCCGAGCCAAGUACAACUUCACGGCCGAGGACAAGGCUAGGGUGCGGGCGCUGAGCACACUCGACGUGGCACUUUAUGACUACUUCUCAAAGCGAUUCGACGACAAAGUCAGGCACUUCGGGAAAACUAAGAUGCAGUGGGAACUUGAACAGCUUCAGAAGGCUAACGAUUUCUUACAACGAAAAUGUUUCGGAAUAACCGAGCUAAAGGAUGAAAAAGUCCUUUCACUUUGCAAAGAUCUGAGAGCAAGGGAAAAGGCUUUCCUCAAUAAUAUGAGAAGAAGGCAGUUGCGAAAGAUCCAGAAAGGUUUGAUGUAGCAUCAGAACGCGCUGCUACGUAAGCCGUUUUUUGUCUUAAAACGCAAGCCUGGCUUGUGUCAGAAAAACACAUAUUUAAAUCAGUCGUAAAUAUUCUACUGGCACCGCUUGUGGUUUUAUCCAGUCUCUGUGUAUAGAUGUGUAUAUAUAUAGAUA